AGGACAGGUCCCUGCCUACGAUCAUGGUGGACAAACGUGAUGAUGGCUCCGGGGAGCGGGAGAUGCGUAUGGUUGUCAAUUACCAGGCUCUAAAUGUCCUUACGAUAGCCCCUGAUUUUCCACUACUUCCCAUCCAAACCAUUUGGGAGCUGCUGGGAGCCGCCAAGUAUUUUUCCACCUUGGAUCUUGAAGCAGGAUUCCAUCAAAUACGCAUGGCUAAGGAAGACCGUUGGAAGACGGCUUUCCGGUCCGUUGUCGGAUUAUUCGAGUACCGCGUGACGCCUUUCGGCCUUAAGGAAGACAAAAUCGAAGCCAUCCGGCAUUGGCCAGAGGUGCUGGAGAACGAAACGCAAGUGCGCCAGUUCCUCGGUACCAUAAAUUACUGUCGCAUGUUCAUGGGACCGGACUAUGCAGACGUUGCCCUGCCGCUGGUUGAUAUAACGCGUAAAGACUUCAGUUUCAAAUGGACAGAGCUUCACACGCAAGCGGUGCGGCAGCUCGAACAGCACUUAAUAGACUUCACUACCUUACAGGUCCCUGACACGACGAAGCCCUUCGAGUUAUACACAGAUGCCUCUGGUUACGCAAUCGGAGCAGUCCUCGAACAAGACGGUAAACCAAUCGGCUUCCUAGUCUACUGA